ACCCUGGUAUCAGCGGCAUCCUCAUCAGUGUGUAGUCUACGCUCCUACUGUCAGCUACGCCAUGUCUCCGUACUUUGCACUAGUACUCCUAGCUGCUGCUGUGCUGUGCCCCGCUGAGGCAGAGGUAGUACGCGUGCAGAAGUGUCACCUGCCAGCUGCCAGUAGAUCGGCAUGUGUAGUUCAUGAAGUAAGGGUUGACCCUUGCCCUGAGGCACUUGAGAACCGGCCUUGCAAAAUAAGACUAGGAGCAAACUACUCAAUGAGCUUCGACUACACACCGACGUUUAGUGCUACAAGGGCAGGCAGUCAAGCAUCCAAAGUAAGUAGUAUAGUCGACAUUCCUUUUGAACAGAUGGACAUCAAUGGCUGCAAGUACACUACUUGCCCCAUAGAGGCGAAUAAGAGACAAGUCUACACAUACGCUAUAGAAGUUGGAACCCAGUUUCCUGCGGCCACCCACCAAGUCAAGUGGAAACUGUGGAAUGAAGACAACCACCAUCAGCAGUGUUGUUUUAAAUACAAUUUACAGUUAGCCUACUAAAAAAGUUAAAACAAAUAUAUAUUUAAGACAGUUAAAUUUUAAUGUGUUUACUUACUAUAGAAAUAAAACUAUUUAAUUUUGUUAAUCUAAGAGUAAUCUUUUAUCAGAAUUAUUGUGAAAUGUUUAAAAAGUUCAUUGAAUAUUUUCCAAAUUUAUUCAGUAAUAGAAACUGGAUCUAAACGCAACAUAACUUGUCAUACCAUUGGGAGUUGACAAUAAUAAGAUUUUAUAUUUAUAAUUUGACUUGUAUGUUCAAAGUAACAUUGCAAUUUGUGAAUGUGUCAAUAGGAAUGAGUUUACAAAUUAAGGUGAGUGUUGCAAUAAAAAUUGUCAAACCCAUGAUAGAGUAUUAGCUGAUUACUUUAAAGCAUUUUAUUGUUCUGAAACAGAUUGGCCUCAUUUUAGCUUAAAAAUACACAUGAACAGAAGUUGAAAAUAAAACAAAGCUGUAAGACUUUGUGAAAUUGUUUCUAAACAUAUCUGUCAGACAGCAUAUCUGUUUAAAUGAACAAAUAUACAUCAUGAAACUGUAUACAGUGGAACCUUGAUAAGUCGGAUUAAUCGGGACCGCGGCCGAUCCGGGUUAACGAAAAUCCGGGUGAGCCGGAGAAUUAGGUAAAAAUUAAUAAAAUACGGUAUACUUACAGAUAAACUCCAUUAUAAUAUUGUAAAAACAUCAAACAUAUGCACAUUUAAUUAUUAUUAAUCCUUACAGUACACUUUAUUUCCUGGUAAAAAACUCAGUCAGCUUUGGUUGAAUGUCGUCUGCCGCGUGCGUGCUGUACGAUCCCGCAGUCUCUUCAACAUGAGCAAUUCAACCGGCGAUGUUUUUUGCCUGCCGCUCGAAAUAAACCAUUAGUUCGUUUAGUUUGGUCACUGCAUUUCCAUGACUCAUCACUGGAUCUUCAAUGUCCCCGUCCGCCUCCUCAGUGUCUGAUUCAUUAGCAUCAGGUAAAAACGACGCGAUCACUUCUUCGUCAGUAAGUGGAAAGGGUCAGAAUUUGGGGGAAAUACGCGUCUGUUAUUGUUUCCGAGAAUCCGGGACAAUGACCGCCACUCAGCCGCCGUAUGCCAUGAGUCACACACUCACUGUCGUACAGUCCCAUCAAAUACUGAUGCAACAUCGAUUCACGGAUACUAUACCACUCAAAAAUAUUACGUUUUUAUUAUUGAAAUGUUUGUCUGAUUUUUUAUUUUUUAAUUGAAAAUCAGUCCGGGUUAGCUGGACUUCCGGGUUAACGGGAGCCGACUUAUCGGGGUUGUACUGUAGUUAAUAUGAUUUACACUGUUAUUAGAAUCAUCUGAUACAAACACCAUGCUACCAUAACACAUUAGUCCCUGUGUGCUUUAUAAUUUGCUUUCUGUGUGUGUAAUAUUUUAACAAACAUUUAUUUUUUUUUAUUUAAAAAUGAUUUAUUUUGAAAAAAGUGUCUAUGUAUUUCCUGACAUAGUCUACUUUGCAUAUAUGAAUGUUUACCUAAAAAUUAUAAAAAAGUUAAUUUUGAGAUAAUAGAUAUACAUACGGUACUAUUUUCCAUAAUAACUAAUUUAUUAUGUGGCACACAAAAUAUUACACGAAACAAAUUUGCGAUAUACAUGUUUACCUAUUUUAGUAUGUCACAAAUAACAAAAAUUUAGACCAAAACUAGCUAGAUUUUCAGAAGUUAUUCAUAACUAAUUUAUUAGCUAGAUAUAUUGAAUAAUAAUUGUGUAGUAAUUAAAGUUAAUGUUGUAAUUUUCAGUACUAAAGAUUUGUUAUUAUUUAUUUUAAAUUUAGUAUUUUAUUUAUUUUUAUGACAAAAGCUAUAUUUGAUUUAAUAUAGUUAUAGAACAAAGAUUGAUAUCAAAAUACUAAAUAUUAUAAAUAUAUAUAGGUACUGUUUUUUAUUUGAUUAUCAUUAAAAAGAAAAAAGUGUUCCCUCUUGGAAACUUUUAUAAAUUGGUAAUUUUGUCCUGGCUCUGUUGUGAUAUAACAAAAACAAAAAGCUUCUGGGUUGCAUUUUAAUAAUAGGCUACCACUGAAUGAGGUGAGUAGUGGAAUUAUUACAGUAAGACAGUAAUAGAGUGAUGUUUUACAUUGUAGAAUCAUUCAAUGUAUUUUUGGACAUUUUAAUCCAUGUUAGCUUUAUAGCAUGAUUUAUUAAGUAAAAAAAAAAAAAAACAGUAUUGAUGAAUAAAUUCAUAUUUUAAGCUUC